CCCACACUCAUCCAAGCCACACUGGUACGUAGAGCUAGCUGCAAGACAAUAUGGCACCGAGAAACACCGUCAUCUUCCUCCUCGGGCUGCUCCUCUCGUGCGUUGCCAUGAGCGGCGCAGCGAGAAUCCUGGAGGAGGAGGCCACCGCUCCGCCCAAGGUCGAAGAAGAACACUCUCCACACCUUACCGUGCCGGAGCUGCCACCGCUGCCCAAGGUCGAGCUGCCGCCGUUCCCAGAGGUGCACCUCCCGGCCAAGCCAGAGCUGCCCAAGGUCGAGCUGCCACCGUUGCCGGAGGUGCACCUUCCGGCCAAGCCAGAACUGCCCAAGGUGGAGCUGCCACCGUUUCCGGAGGUGCACCUGCCACCCAAGCCGGAGCUGCCCAAGGUGGAGCUGCCGCCGAAGCCUGAGAUGCCAGAGUUCCACUUCCCGGUUCCGGAGGCCAAGCCAUGAGCCCAGAGCCCUGGACUGUCUUCACUUGUUUUUCUUUUUUUUUUCGAAAAAGGGAGCUCCCCGGCCUCACUUGUGUUCUCCCACUCGUUCUCGUACUUGUGUGUAUCACGAGUCGCGAGUGAUGCGCUGGCGUCUACGUACUUAGCUGGGAUUUGUAUGUACAUUUGGAUUGGAUAUGCAUAUGUACGCAGCGGUCCCAUUUUUACAGUGGUUUAUACAAAAGUUUUUAUGAUCUGAUCAA